CAUGUCCUGGUGGCAGCAGCGCUUCCUGCAGUAACCAUGGGAAAUGUGAUGAUGGUCACCUUGGUAACGGUACCUGUGCCUGUGAUGCAGGUUUCAGGGGUGUGGCCUGUGAGCUGUGCAUGGACCGUUUCUAUGGAGAGUCCUGUAAAGCCUGUAACUGCUCAGAACACGGAUCAUGUGACGAUGGACGCAAAGGGUCAGGCGCCUGUUUCUGUGAGGCUGGCUGGACCGGAGAGCGCUGCGAGACGCCACAGGCUGAAGUGUUUGAGUGUUCUCCGUCCUGUUCUCCGAAAGCCGUCUGUAAGGAGAAUAACACCUGUGUGUGUCAGCGGUAUUACAUAGGAGACGGAUACACCUGUACAGGUAAAUACACACCAACACAACCAGUCUGCUGACUGGACGCAUCUGAAAAACACAAAUUUGUUACAUUUGUACGUUUCUUCCAAAAAUCUUAGUGUGGCGUUAUAUCUGAGCUG